GAGAGAGAGAGAGAGAGAGAGAGAGGAGUGUGCUCAGACUGAAAGUCUGAAUCAGUAAGAAAGAAAGCUGGUGACUGUUCACUGUUUUUAGUGCCUCAUUGGUAAUUCUCAUCUUAAAGGAGUGGGUUUAAGUUUCUUCCGUUUGUCUGUUUUUGGAUUUCCGUGACCCUCGGACUACAAAUCGACUCGAAAGCCUUUGUGAGAGGAUCCAGUCUUUCCGUUUGAAUCGAAGCUCAUUGAUAGUUUGUGUUGAUUUGGAAGAAAUCUCCUGUGUGGAUCUAUUUAUCGCCUCUGACAUGGGAUUUGGCAAAGCGCUGCUGAUUUUAGGGUUUGUGUGUGCACUGCAGAAACCCGUGUUUCUGCAGUGCAGCAACGGCUUCCAAAACAAUGACGGCAAAUGCGAAGAUAUAAAUGAGUGCAAUGAGGUUCCUGAGUUCUGUGGGAACCACGCAAAGUGCAUCAACACCAAUGGCAGCUACUACUGUGAAUGUUCUGCUGGUUUCCACAAUAAAAAAGGGAUUCCCAGCUUUACUGUUCAGGAGGGACAGUGCACUGAUAUUAAUGAAUGCUUGGACAAUAAUACAACCUGCGGUCCUCAUGGCACAUGCAAUAAUGUCAUUGGGCACUAUAAAUGCGUCUGUAACGCCGGCUACGAGAGUGCAGACGCCAGCAACAACACUGCACACUGCAGAGACAUAGACGAAUGCGAGGAACACGAAGACAUUUGCGGAGAGAAAGGUGUCUGUGAAAACCUUGAUGGGAGUUAUAGGUGCAAAUGUGACCCAGGACACACCAACUACGGCCAGGAGAAAACCAAAUGCUCCAAGCUGGAGUGCGACAGCUUUGGUGCGGACAGCGAUGCGGGGAAGUCGUUCGACGGGCUGGCGGCCAUGUUGUCCAUGAUGAGGAACAGCUGCUUGGCUCUGUCCAACCAGAGCUUCUCUGCCGGUGGAAAGGCGGACGGCGACGCGCUGCUCGAGAAACUUCUGACAGCGACUGACACCAUCCUGUCCCCUGGAUCCGUGGAAAACAGUAAAGGCGUGACUGGGCUGCUCAGUGCUGUGGAGAAGUCGAUUUUACUGAUUGGUCCUCAGCUCAAAGCCAACGACACCAAAAUGGAGACCAAAGAAACAGAAGCAAAAAUUACAGUUCGAAGAGGAGCUACCCGCCCAACCGGACAAAUCCAUCUGACCGGUGAACACGCUGAUCUCAACACUGACUGGACAACAGCAGCUGGCAAAGGCCCAUAUCCUGGUUUCGCUCUGGCCGCGUUGCUGAGCUACAAGAACCUGGAGGGGUCUGUAAACACGUCUUUCGAGGACCUGAAAGAAAAAGAAAAAGACGCCGUUUCCUUCCAGGUCUUCUCCAAAGUCGUCUCUGUCGUGGUUUCCAACCCAUCGACUCAGAACCUGCACAGUCCUGUCAACAUUACUUUCAGACAUCUAAAGGACAUAAAACCGACCCCUGAGGUGAGCUACAUCUGCGCGUACUGGGAUGAGAGAGGAGUCUGGUCCCCAGAUGGCUGCUCCCAGGAGCUGUCCAACGACACACACACUGUGUGUUCGUGUAAACAUCUGAGCAGCUUUGCUGUGCUGAUGGCCCUUUAUCCCAUGAAGACCAGCUUUCAGCUCCAACUGUUGACCCAGAUCGGCCUGACCAUCUCCCUCGUCUGCCUGGUGCUGAGCGUCCUGACGUUCAUGUUCUGCCGGUCCAUUCAGGGGACGCGCACCACCAUCCACCUGCACCUCUGCGUCUGCCUCUUUAUGGCGGACCUCGUCUUCUUGGUCGGGAUUUCUCGAACUAAACCAGAGGGCGGCUGCAAGUUUGUUGCCGCAAUGCUCCAUUUCUUCUUCUUGGGCGUAAUGAGCUGGAUGCUGUUGGAAGGGGUGCAGCUCUACAGAAUGGUGGUCCUGGUGUUUAACGCCACCGUCCGGCCCCUCUACUUGUACAUCACCGGUUACGGGGUCCCUCUGGGGAUUGUGGUCAUAUCCGCCAUCAUCAGACCAGGGGGCUACGGCACUGAAGACCACUGCUGGCUGUCAUUGGAGCACGGCCUGAUCUGGAGCUUCUUCGGCCCCGUGUGCUUCAUCAUCGCCGUGAACGUCUUAUUCUUCAUCGUCACUGUGUGGAAGCUCGCCCAGAAGUUCGCCACCCUCAACCCGGACCUCUCCAAGCUGCACAAAAUAAAAGCUUUCACAGUCACCGCCAUCGCCCAGAUGUGCAUCCUGGGACUGAUGUGGGUGUUUGGAGCCUUCUUGUUCAGCGAGGGCAUGACGGCGGUCGCGUACAUCUUCACCGUCCUCAACAGCCUGCAGGGCGCCCUGGUCUUCAUCAUGCACUGCCUGCUGUCUAAACAGGUGAGAGAUGAGUACGCCCAGUUCCUUUCCUGCGUCUGCACGCCACAGAAGAAGAGGUACUCAGACUUCAGCAGCACCAAUCCGUCCAGCAGUCAGUCUCAAGGUUCCCGGAGUGGACAGAUCACAGGAGAAUCCCAAAUCUGAAGAGCUUCAUCAUUUUUAUCGCGCCUCAUGGGCAGAAGAUCACUCCUUCAGUCUGUCAGGGCAAAGACUGUCGAGGUUCAUAUUACCUAGAAAAACAAACGUGUCCUUUUGUUUCACAAAUUUUUUUUUUAAUGAUUAUUCUUUCAGCCUGCCGUUGUUGACCAAUAGGAGAGCAGCAAGAGUGAUACCUUAUUUAAAAACUAAACAGAAACACUAUAAAACCGAAAAACAACAAAAAAAAGCAUAUUGAGUGAAACCAUCAGCCGGUUUCAGGAUUUGGACUUAUGCCGUUGUACUUUUUUUUAUUUUAGACUUAAGGGUGAUCAGACUGUGAAUUGUGAAAACCAAACCCUCCAUCUUACAUGCGCAAUUCUGCAUGGAGUUUCACCAGGAUGAAAAACAAUGUUAGAGCCAAAAUAAAAGGAUGAAUUUUGAAUAUAUUUUAACAAUUCCUCGUGACUCAACGGUGCCCCCUGCUGACUACUGAAGCAAACGCAACGUUUCAGGAAAUCUCUUGUCUUUUUUGACAGUGCUGUUUAAAUACUCUGUAAGGAAAAUCUUAUUGAAUGAUGCACACCGACUUCAAUUUAUAAAAGAAGAACAAGUCACCAAAAUAUAAUGUAGAGAGAGAGAGAGAAAAAAAUAGGUCAAAGUGUUUGAUAGUUUUUCAUGAUUUUACUGCCAUUCACAACAGGACAAAUUGUAUGUGAUGUGAUUUAUACUGUAAAAUGAUCCAGGUUUUUUUUUGUUUUUGUUUGUUUUCUUAAAGUGAGCCUUAAAAAUAUUUAUGCAGGAGUUGUCUGCGUUACAUCGAUGCUGCGUUGGUGAGCAGAAGUAACUUGUCAGUUCAACCAGAACAUAUCACAGUUAUUAUAUAAGCUGUACUGCCUUCAGAGCAACUAAAACAGAGUUUUAUGGAUUUAGACAUAUUCUUUUUCAAAACGCAGGCAACAGAAGUUAAUACACACGUGAGCAGAUAGUUUGCACUGUAUUUUAUGUAAAUGUUACCUGUACAAAUAGUAAUGUUUGUUUGUUUUGUGCGUACCGUGGUGGGAAAAAAGUACAGGACGCGUCAAAAAGUAUACUGCUAAUGUGAUGAUGGGGGGGCCAUUAAAUUCACACCAGAUGUUGGUAACAAUCCAAGUUAUCCUCAAAUGUUUACCGUCACCCUGGAUUAAAACACACUUUUUCCAACACAGAGUGAAAAACUGAACGUAAACUAAAUGUAUAGCAGUUUCCUUAAACGUCAAAUUAUUCACAAUUUAAGAAAAGAAGAAAUUCAUUCAUAUUGAAUAAAAUGAGGCCGUCUGCAUGUUUCCGUUUAUGUUUUUGGACAUUUUCAGAUAUUUACAGAUUUUUUCUUGGACCUCUGAAAUUUCUAAGUUUGGUCCACUGAACCUGUCAAUAUCGACCACCACCACUAGGGGGCAGGAAUUCUUUGAAAACACUGAGAUUUCUUCAAGUUCCUUUAGUGUCUAGGCCUCUUUUUUUAUUUUACAAUGUAUUAAUUUUAAUGCAUUUCAUCCCUAUUCUCAUUACACAUGUUACACAUACUUCCUGACAUAUUUGUUGCGAUUUUGUUGUAUAAGUUUGGCCACUGCCAACGUCUGGGGUGAAUGUCGUGGCAACAGCCAAAUCAGAAACACAUCCGCCUGGAGAAAUUGCCGAAGUGUUUGGUACUUAUUCGCCGGGCUAUUCCUGUGGUAUUUGUUUUCACGUACUGUAAUGAAAUAUUUUGCUUAUAACGGGACGGAAACUCACACACGGCCUCUUGAUUUCGAACAAAAUGGGUGAUGUGUAUUGCUUUAAUCACUCGUGGCUAAUGUUAAAACCUCCGUCUUGGCUUAUGACUGAGCUUUCCUGCUCUUUUAUUAUUGUUAUUGUUAUUAUUAUUGCAGUUGCCAACCAAGUAAACAUGGGACACGAUAAGAGCUUCGGUAAUCAACAUAAACGGGCCCACCCUGCUGAUAAGGCUGCAGCAACUUCCCCCAAUCAUGCAGCGUUUGUUGAAUAAAUGUCCAUUUAAUUACCGUGUUCUUAUUUUAGAAGUUGCGCGUGUGUCCAGGAAAUGUUAGUCGCUGAAAGGAAAUAAGAGCUUAGGCAGACGCAAGAUUUCUGCAGACCUGAGUUCGUUUCGUAUCAUUGCACUUUUCUGUUGUAAAAAAAGAAAUAUUCAGUACAACUGUAGGUUUUUCAUAUUGUUAUGUAAUAAUAGAAGAAGAACCUUAAUAGUUUUAUGCAAUUUAAUUUUCCGUCAUUCGCAUCUGUUGAAUCAGACAUGGAAAAUGCUUUUUCAGAAUAGAGGCUUUCGGAGCUGCGUCUUGUUUUAUCUUCCUAUUUAUGUUCGGAUUUAAAUGUUAACUCUGUUUUACCAGCUGUUCUGCGGUUUGUAAUUGUCAUGGUUUUUAUUGUUGUUUUUACCGUUUUUAUUUCUGCAAAGCAAAAAGUUGUAUUUAUGCUACAAAAAAAAAAAAAACAAAAGAAAAAAAAGAAGCAAUGUGCAGCUUUUUUAAAAUGAAUGUAAGAUUCCUUAUUGUUAGAAUAUAGUAUAGCUACGUUGAUAAAUAUGCUUAUUUUUUUACUUUGGUUCACUUUACACUAUUUGGUACGUUUUCGUCAAUAGAUAUUGUCCACACUUCUGAAUAAAGCCUUUUCUUCAUGUGAGAAA